CCGCUGAGGGCGGGAGCGGUGCGAGCCGCGCGCGGGGCCGUGGGCGCCGUCCCGUUGAGGCGUGCGGGGCUCCCCGCUGGACCUCGGCGUUGUUCCCCCGCGUCCUGCCGCGCCGCGAGGGCGGUGUCUGCGUCCCGAGCAGUUGUUGCCUCAGUUAUGAGGCAGGGCCUCGUGUUUCAGAAUUCUUCAUUCUGAAUUUUUACCGAAGUAGAAGAUGUCCGAAACAGCUCCUCGAACAAAUUCCAAUAAAACGACAAUUAUGGGCCCUCAUGGAAUCAAUCGAGCUGUUCACCGCAUUUCUUUUUCUGACUGUCAAAAUGGAUUAGGAGUUAAAAUAAUUGGAGGUUACCGGGCACAAACAGCAGAAGAUUAUGGGAUUUUCAUAAAGAGAAUUCUGCCUGGAGGGGUUGCUGCUGUAGAUAGCCGUUUGCUCGCGGGAGAUCUCAUUCUGGAUGUCAAUGGAGAAAACUUAACCGGAGUAACCAAUGAAAGGGCCGUUGACAUCUUGCGAACAGCUUCGGCAUCAAACCACAUGUCUCUGCUGGUUGCCAGAGAUGAAGAAGCAAAGAAGGAAUUCCUUGACCUGAUGGAUAAGUACGGCUCUCAUAGUGACACCUACUCUGCAAGAAGUUCUCCAACACAGCUAUCAGCUGGAAAACCUGUGGACAGCCUUUCUUCUGGGUCAUCCUCAAGGUCACAGAGUCCUCAGCUGCCUCCAGAGGACAUUACCACCACUGUCAGCAGAAAAAAUUCUGUACCAGCAGCAUCACCAAAGAUUGCAAAGGACAGUGCAUUUCAGAUCAUCUCUGUUUGCAAAGGAGCAAGCCUGGGCUUGGAUAUUGUAGGAGGAAUUGACCGAAGUGAAGGGCCUUUGGUGUACAUUCAAGAGAUUAUCCCUGGUGGUGACUGUCAUAAGGAUGGACGACUGCAGCCUGGGGAUCAGCUUGUCUCCGUCAACAAGGAGUCGAUGAUCGGCGUGUCCUAUGAAGAGGCAAAAAGUAUCAUUGACAGAGCCAGGACGAGGUUUGAAAGUUUCUGCGAGAUAGCUUUUAUAAGACAAAAAAGUGUUCCCGGUUACUCAGAGAAUCUGCAGCGUCCUUGCAGUCUCUUGCCAUCUUCUGCAGCCCUUGGAGGACAGCAAGCUGCAGGCCCUGGUCCUGUAGCAUCUCCUGCCCCGAAGCUUGUCCCAGCGCUCCCUCCUGGUGCUAUGGAAUCUAGAGUCAAAAUGGAAGAACAGCCUCCAAUUACCUCUGCAGAGAGCAGUCCUGCUGAUGUAUCUGUUCAUGUCAUUGCCCCCAGCCAGAGCAAUGGUUACAAGCUGCCAGGAAAGAUGACUUCCUUCAACUCUGCUAUCCGUCUCAAAGCAGAAAAGCUGGAGAGGGCAUUGAAUUAUCUCGGGAUUCAGCCCUCAGCUGAACAGCAGCAAGCCCUAAGGCAGCAACUUCAGAAAGAUUCGAAAGGAACAGUGUCUUUUGGAGAUUUCAUUGAAGUUGCAAGGAAUCUGUUCCCUGUGCAAUUGAAUGCAACAGAUGGUGGCCAAAAACCUGUAACAUUUGGGAUCGACGAAAUUGCCAGUUUGUUAGAUUCACAGUUUGUAACCUGUGAUUCUUUGGAGGAUGACCUGGAAAAGCUGAAGAAGGAGAGAAAUGAAGCUUUAAAAGAAGUGAGCAAAUUAAAGGAAGAAUUAUCUGAAUCUCAGAAUCUACAGAAGCAGUUAACAGAGGAGCUACAAGCAGUCAAGCAAGAAGCCAAGGCGGCUGUGGAGGAGACGAGAGCCCUGCGAAGCAGGAUUCAUCUUGCAGAGGCUGCACAGAGACAGGCUCGCGGGAUGGAGAUGGACUACGAAGAAGUAAUUCGCCUAUUAGAAGCUGAAAUAGUGGAGCUGAAGGCUCAGCUCUCUGAUCACUGUGGCCAAAAUAAAGAUAACAUCCAAGAUUUGAGAAAGAGGGUUACUGUCCUUGACUGCCAGCUGCGGAAAUCGGAGUCGGCUAGGAAGACCUUUGAGGUGGCUACUGAAAAACUGCUGCAGUUCGUGGAGGUUGUGCAUGAAAUGCUUUCAGACAACUCUCCUUCCUCAGCUGUUCUGAGUGACAGAAGGACACCAUUGUCUUCUAAAGCGCUUCUUGCCCGGCUGGGGAGGAUGGGCCCUACUGUCACCACGGCUCUCGCAGCAGAAGCCAGAGACCUCGCCAAGUCUGUCCGUGCCAUUCUGGAAGUAAACUGUCUACCUUAUGGAUGGGAAGAAGCUUAUACAGCAGAUGGAAUCAAGUACUUUAUCAAUGUUUUUCGUACACAUGCUUAUCUGGGUGACUCAGCAGAAAGCUAGGUUUGCUAAAUAUGCUCAAGAACUUUGAAGACCUGCACUUGGAUGUGGAACUGUUGCAGCUGUACUAACAAGAUGCUUAUUAGCAACAGCAGAAUCUCAGCUAGGCUAGGUGGUAGAAGCUUAAUUUCAGAAAGCUUCCGAUGUUUUUCAUAUUAUCCCCACUCGUUGAAACUACAGAUGUGAACUGAGCAGAUCACAUGAACAAGCUGUUCAGGAACUUUUGCAUAUCUCGCCUCUGAUUGGUAAUGGAUCAAAAAUGUUCUUCCCUCUUCUUAAUGUGCUCCUGGCAUUAGGUGAUGGAGCCCAGGUUUUCCAUCAUUGCUACCUUUUGCAGCCUGUCCUGUGAAGCUCUCCACAUCAGUCUUUGCAUGGCCAGCAAAGAAAAUCUAUCUGUUUUAAUGGCAGAGAAGGGAACGAAAUCACUUGUCAUGUUCUUCUGAGUGGAACAACCACAUUUGUUAAGAGGUCUUAAUUCACUUUGAAUGGAAUUAACUGAACGCUAGAAUAAAGCAUGAUAUUAAUUAAUAUUCCUUUUUAGCUAUUUCUUAAUUUUGCUUACAUUGUUGUUGCCAAAUGUCUGUACAGAGUGUAAGCCAGGCUUUUCAUAGGCUUGAAAAUUCAUACCUCUUUAGUAUUCAUCUCAGGCAGUUAAUUAUUUGGAGAAAGGAACAAGGGUUGCAGGCCUCUUGUUUCUAACAUAGUUUGAUAGAGAUUUCAAGAUGAAAUUCUACCUAAUGUUGAAAUAUCCUUGAAAAAAUCCUUUUCUAGGAGGAACUUGCUUGAAAUCCAUCUUUAUCAGCCCAUCCUUUUCUGAAAAUUAGACAAUUCAGACUAAUUAAUUUGUUUAAAUGGGAAUUAGCUGAACACUUGAUAAUUUACUGUCCUGGUACUGCGACCUUGUUCUCUUUGGCUGUGAAUUUCAAUCCUUUUAUUCUUUGGUAUUUAGAAGAUCUAAAGCCGUGAGGGGUGCAAGAAUUAUUUAGUAGUUGCCUUCAGUUCCAGUGUGCUUUAUUGUGCCACCAACUAGCUGAGUCCAUAAAUCUAUACACUAUAAAUCUAAUACGGUAAACACCCCAGAAUGGAAUCUUAAUAGCACAUAAGCUUGAGACAGCUUGCUGUGAAAUUUCCAUAAAUAUCUCUGAAGGGGGUGUAGCAAUAUGAAGAGCAUGAGAAAUCGGAGUUUAAAAGAAGCAAACCAGCUGGCUUGUGUUACACACUGAAGUGAAAACCCACUUAUGUGAAUAAAUGACAUGAAUAAAACAUUUACAUGGCUCUGUUCCUAACGCACUGAGCUGCUCUCCAUCUACUGAGGAAAGCAGCAUCUUGUCCCCCCAUACGAACCUUCAGACAAGUUCUGAAAUCACCUCUUUUACUCAGGAAAUGAUUUCUGUUUCACAGUAAAUUAUUAUCAAUCAACCAGGUUGCUAAGGAUCAGUCACGAAGUACGGGCAAGUGUGAGGAAAUUAGCUUUAAGACUACUAGUGUGUCAUAAACUCACAUUCCUCUAUGCUAGGCAUUAAGGUCAUGUGUAAAGAUUUACCAUGAAAUAGCAGAUAGCAGUGUAAGCCUCUCUGAGUUACAUUUCAGUAUGCAUUGCAGAAAAAGCAAGUUUCAGUGUCCUACAAAUGUAAUAUAAAAUAUGUUACCAAAGGGACAAAAAUUACACUAGUAGACUAAAAGGCAGCGAUCAGCUUCAUUGCUAACGUAGCUCUGCUUUCCUCCUGCUGAAGAGCAGAAGUUGAAUUUGGCCUCAGAUAUGUUUUGAAAUAAUCUGGUGUACGUUAAAGUAAUGGAGAGUGCAAGCAUUAUUUUAUU